CUGAACUCUCCACGUUCCGUUCAGCUACGUUACCACAUCAUUCGAACCAACUCGACAGUCACUUCACGAUAAUCUCUCCAGGCAUGCGCUCGCUAUUCCCAAGUUCUCUAGUUCUUGCGCAAAUCUAGUUGCGACACUGUCACUGGAUCAGACUUCUCAGAUUCUUUGGCUCGCCUACGCUCUCAGUCCCCAUGGCAAGGACUAAUCGCCUAAGCCGCAUCAGCGACAGAUCAUUUCAUGAAGCUGCCACUAAUGAGCCAGAGCUGGCUGCCUCGAAGAUUAAGAACCCGGCACCUCAUCGGCAACUCAGCUUACUUACGAUAACCGCCAUUCUAAAUACCCUAUUCUGGAGCUCUGCCAUCUGCAGUGUUAUCGCACUGUUUCAGAUCGCUUCCGAUUCUAGGGAUCAUUCGAACAUACUACCGGGGAUAUUGACACUGGUGUCGGCCAUAGUGACAAUCGCGUAUACAAUUGUACAUACAACAUACUCCGUCAAACAGAGAGCCCUCACCUACCAGCAGCUAGACCUUGCUACAAUUAAAAAGACCACCUACGUCGCGAACCGCUUGGUAGUCUCGUUAUGCGUUUUGUGGCUAUUGACUGCAGGGUGGAACAUGAUCAUGGUUGCCCGAAGGCCUAGCUGCCUUCCUAACCAGGCUGAUGGCCAAAGCUGGGAAGCUGGCAUUACUUGCCUAAUCAGCCGCGUGGGUAUGGCAUUUGCGUCGAUUGCACUUGUCGCAUCUUUGAUCUUAUUCGGAAUGAUGGCUGCUGUUAGACGGCCUUUCGAGGCCCACCUUUUUGCGUAUGGUCAACGCCAAACAAAUAAUGCUGAACCAACGCCGCCGGCUUCUCGAUGGUCGUCUGACGAUCGUUUUGGGACCGAGAAAUUGGUCUAUGGAAACGGCAUGACUACUUACAACCACGCGAGAAGAAUGUCCAACACUACGAAUGCGGAUGUUGAGACUUUGGACUUGAAUGCCAGCAGCCGGCCAGCUUCGAUUGUACAGUCUCCGACGCCUCCUCGUGACCGAAUGGGGGUCUUCACUUCCCCAUUCGCACCACCACCGCUUCCAUCUGCCUUCAUGAAACCAGUGGAGACAAGUCCGUCGCUUCGGGCCCAAACACCUACUUUGGGUCCAUUCGCACACCGUGGCCGAUUGUCGCUCACCACCCGCACGGAUGCACUCCUUGCUCCAGCGGCAUACGUCCCGCAUUCGAUACCGAUUGAGUUCUCAGCGUCUGCCCAACGCGCCAUCUUUCCAGAUGCAACAGCUCCUUACCGAUCAAUCGGCACAUCACGCUCGCAACCGCAUCUGCGCAGCAUGAGCAGCUUUUCCAACCGACACCACUACUCUCGCUCUGUGUCACUAUCGCGCCCGCAGCGACUAAGCUCCAUGACGCCAGUACCACACCUUGAGUGCAGCUCGCGCAGCGAUACUAUGAACUCGUUUAGUGGCAUCUCCGAGGCAGGCGAGAGUAAUAAGUCCAAGACUGGCGCGUCAAGCACAGACCAAAGAGCCAGCACUGCAGAUAUCGUGCGCGCAAUCGCAAGCAAUACGCGCAUUCCGGGCACCGAGCGUAAGAGCCCAAAGAAGCACUGGCGCACUGUCAGCGCACCAGACGCCGUGGCCGCGGCGCAGCAGGCGCGAUCCGGACAGCGCAUGGCGAUAGGCUGGAAGCCCAUACUCUCCAAGUCAUCGACAAUGCUUAGGCCGCUGCCUAGCAAGCCUGUCAAUGUCAACAAAUUCAUGCGGUCAGCGUCAGCGGAGUUGUUGGGCCGCUUUGGCGCGGUUGCAAGUAGCGACGCAGAGGACAAGGAUUUGAUGUGGAAGAAGGCUUUUGAGCGCGAGAUCGAAGACCGGCUGAAUGAUUUACAUGCGAAGCCUCCCACGCUGGAGAGGCAGAGUAUGAGUACUGACACGGAGACGCUGCGGGAGAGCUACGACGCGGGGAGCCUGAAGGACGAGAUGAGGUUUGAGGAUGUGAAGGAGGUGCUGGUCAUGUGGCCUGUGAGUCGAGAUAUUGCCUUGGUGAGAUGACGGUGCGGAACUAGCUAGACAAUAAUGAACUCGUGCCACUGUGUCAAACAAGGGCCUGAUGGUUGCAUGUCUAGGUUGUAGCGUAUUUUUGUGGUCACAAGAGUCUCGAGGUUACUUUAGUAAGACAUCCAGUGUGUGAUUAGCUGGAUGAUAAUGAACUCGUG